AUGCAAGGCGCUGGGGGCCAGGGGAGCCCCCACCUCUCUCCACCCCGCUGUGCCCCCAGCAGGAGGCGCUGCGCGGCGGCGGUCGCGGCGCCCCGGGCAGCGCCCGGCGCCGGGCGGCUCCGGCUGGCUUGGCUGCCCGAGCCCGGGACAAACCUGAGGCUUCCUACCAGGCUGCGGAGCAGCGGCCCCGCUCCCCUUCGGCUCCUUUCCUUGUCCACACAGAUCCGUGUCAUGGAGCCCAGCCCGUCCCGGAGCGUCCCCGCCCGCGCCGCCGCAGACAAGGAGCGCAGCGGCGAGCAGAAGAGCGAGGACGGCACCGCCGAGGACCCCGCGAAGAAAAAGAAGCAGCGGAGGCAAAGGACGCAUUUCACCAGCCAGCAGCUGCAGGAGCUGGAAGCCACUUUCCAGCGGAACCGCUACCCGGACAUGAGCAUGCGGGAGGAGAUCGCCGUGUGGACCAACCUCACGGAGCCGCGGGUCCGGGUAAGCAGCGCGGCGUGGAUUCGGAGUAGACGCGCGCGCACACACAGAGGCAGGGCAGGCUACGUGCCGCAGUUCAGCGGGCUCAUGCAGCCCUACGAGGACGUGUACGCCGGCUACCCCUACAACAACUGGGCCGCCAAGAGCCUCACGCCCGCGCCGCUCUCCACCAAGAGCUUCACCUUCUUCAACUCCAUGAGCCCGCUGUCCUCGCAGUCCAUGUUCCCGGCGCCCAGCACCAUCUCCUCCAUGAACAUGCCGUCGGGCAUGGCGCACUCCGCCGUGCCGCCCAUGGCCGGCUCCGGCCUCAACAACAUCAACAACCUCAGCGGCUCCUCGCUCAACUCGGCCAUGUCGUCCAGCGCCUCACUUCUGUGUUAUUUUUAA